GAAAAAAGCAUGUCGCAUUGCAGCAGCCACACGCGCAACCCUCAACUCACCCGCCCACCACCAAGUUACCAACAGCCGCCCAGAUACAAAUGAUUUUCCCAAAGGGGUUUGGUUGAGUUGAACCGUGCUUUGUACAGUAGCGUAAUACUAGCCCAUAGCGCUAGUACUGCAGCGUGCAGGUGAUGGGACGCAAUGACCGACAUGUCAGUGGAUAAUUUGAUAGGGUCAACUGCAAAACUAUUUGGGCUGGAUGCAUCGCGCUACUCGCAUUACUCGUAUUUACCAGAGUUUGUUAAGAGGAUUCUGGGUAAAUUAUUGCCGUUUCAAGUUGAUUCGAUGGCGCACCCUUUCAAUGACUUGAAACUUGUCGGUUAUUCUGGUAUGCGUUGCUCUUUGUUUUUCUCCGUACUUGUACUCCGUAUGUACGUGCUCGCAUUGACACAUUUGGAGGCUCAAAAUAAAUGUUAAAAUGGCGGGCCUCGUGUGAUCCAAGCCACCACGCUUUGUAUAUCAAAUGACCUCAUCAGCAUCCCCAGUCAUCACAAAAAAAAUGUAUUCAUUAUCAAUUAUGCUGCGUAGUCGCGUUUUUCGAGUCAUGGCUUAACUGCG